AUGUCGAAAGCGAAGAAAAAGUUCAAAUACGAUGCCAAUGAUGGCCUGAUGCCGGAGGUGCUGCGACUCACCGCGCCGCCCGAGCCCGAACUACCAACAUCGUCGCGUCGUGAGAUAGCGGAAGCGAAAAAAGCCGAGCAAGAAGCGUGGAAAAGCGUCGAGUCGCAAAUCUGCUCAUAUUGUCGGGCCGGCGGCAACAUUUUAUGCUGCGACGUUUGCCCGGCGUCAUUCCACCUCAUCUGCCUCGGAAUCAACGAGAACGACGUGCCCGAAGGCCAAUGGAUGUGCAAUCGGUGCGCGCACACGCCGGUGUCGCAUCGAUUCCAGCACACGCCGUCGACGUCGGGCAUCGGCGGCUCGAUUCCGCAUCCGGAGAUUCGCGCCGAGAAAGAGCGCCUACGAAACGAGGAGGCGUUUCGUCUUCAACUCUCGCGCGAGACCGACAAAUUCACCAAGAAGCUCAAAUGGCCUUGCAAGGAGCUGCUGAACGCGCUUCGUCGCGUCAAUCCCACCGAAUUUGUGCUCGACGCCGACAUUGUCAAAGAGCAUGUCCCGCUUCCCUACGAUCUCAUCGAUAAAGCGCGAGACGAGGUGUUCAAUGAGGAAUGCUAUUAUUGCGGCGGCAAAAAUCCCUACUCGCCAAUGCUCAAAUGCGAUUUUUGCCCGCUGUUCUGGCAUGUCGAUUGCGUUCGACCGCCGUUGACGAUCAAACCGACGUGGAGGCUUUGGAUGUGUCCGGCUCAUGUGGAGCACACGAUAGAUAAAUUGUGCGGCGGACGAUUGAUGUCGGAGACGCUGCGAAUGGACCUGUGGAAAUCGUUCAAAAACAUUGAUAUGAGCAAAGGUUGGACGAAGGAAUUGUGGAAGAAGACGGCGAUGCUCGCCUCGCAGGUUCGACAGCAAAAGAUGAUUGAGAAGUUGGAGGAGACGAUUCAGAAGCCGAGAGUUGUCGAAUUGAAGUACCCAAAAAUUGAGGAGCUGGACGAUGAGCAGAAGACGUCGCAGCUCGCGUGCGUCGCUGAGUUCCUCGUUCUGAAGCCCGUCUACAAUUUUGGACGGCGAUCGAUGAAGGGACGAAGGCAGCGCAAGAAGAAUCCGACGCAUCGGCUAAUGGAUCAGGUGUAUCAAGUCAAAGACGACGAGCAACAGCAGCAGGUGGCCGAGAAGAAGCGGAAGAAGAGUCAGUACGACGACGAGACGGUGAUCGACGCGGAGCUCGAUGAGCUCGACCGUCAGCGUAGCAUUCCGUUCACCGAUCAGGAGUUGUACGAAUCGAUUGCCGGACCGUUGCCGGAGCGUCGACAAGAAUUUCUGGCGAACGUGCUGCCCGACGAGGCGAUCGAUAGUAUGCGGACGAUCGCGCGCAACAACGAGGCGGUGUUGGGACGAAACGCGUUGUGGGCGCAAAUUCAGGACCCCCAGGAGCAUAUCAAUAGGAAUUGGCGAAAUUUGAAUGUGCACAGCACGAUUCGAAACGGCGGAAUCGAGGCGUACCGUCCGUUGGCGACGGUGGAGAAGGGCCGCAAGAAGGCGGCGACCGACGGCGAUCUUCAGCUUCUCGCGUUUGGCUACCCGAACGACAAUUGGAAUCGGCGGAUGAGCUCGCAGGAGACGGAGGCGUACAUCGCGCGAUGUCCGCCGGUGCCCGCCGCUCGACAUCUGACAACUCGCGCCGAGCUCCGACUGCCGAUGUACCAUAGUCAGCGCGAGUUCGCCGACACGAUCGGCUCGUAUUUCGAUUGCGAGCCGAAUUAUGAUUCGACGUUGGUCUUGGUGUUCCACGAUCACUAUUUCGAGACCGAGCGUCAACGAUUGAGUUUUCGGCCGUCGGGCGCCUCGUGGUGGUCGCGCGACACGUUUCGACGGAUUCUCGCCAAGCGACAAGCCAUCGUCGACGAUUACCAACCGGCGCCGUUCUUCGACAAUCGCGAAGACGACGAGACGGUGGUGAACGAGAUUGUUGGCAAAUUGAUUGCGCACGUGGUGCGGCGGAAUGCGCGGCGACCGAAGGUGCCGAAGAUUUCGACGCCACCACCACCGCCACCACCGCCACCUCCACAGUGGAAGCAGCAGCAGCAGCAUUCGAGGAGGAAGAGUCAGGGUGAAGUGGAGAAGGAGGGCAAGAUUAUGAACAUAUUGGCGAUGGCCAAAGAAGAAGAACUCAAUCAAUCGUUGCCGCCAACGAUGACAUCGUCGACAAUUGCGCCAACGUCGGCACGAUCGGCUCUUCUGAUACCGCCGUUGACGCCGGCGUCGCGAGAGAAUUAUAUUCAUAAUUUGACGUGGAGCAAAAAAGCGAAAAAUUUGAUGAAAAAUGGCGCGAGGAAUGGCGAAGUGGCGUCGCCGUGCUCGUCGUCGGAUUCGGAUCGUUGCGCGCCGUCGGAAUCGUGUUGUCCGUCGGCGGCCGUCGUCGAUGACUUCAAUCAAUCGGGACCAUUGAUACCGGAGAUACCAGUCGGCGAGCAUUGUGUUCAGAAUGGGCGAAAGCGAAGUCGUUCGACGUCGGUUAAAGAGCAAUCACCGACGAAAUCGCAACCGAAUGGGACGAUCGAUUCGAAUAUCGAAUCAACUAUAAAUGAAGUUGUUCAAAACGCCAAAAAUGAUUUGUUGGAUGACACAAUUCGAAUAUCGACGAAACGAUUUAUAACGCUUGAUCCGCAUGGUCCCUAUGUGCCGGCGAAUGUUCUUGUGAAAAAGGCGAAUCCGUGGAUUCGAGAGAGCAAUGUUGGCUACUAUCGCGAAAUGGUGAUUCGAAUGCGGAAUCCGGCGCCGCACACACGCGACCACGAUUAUUGCGCGCCGCCCGAAUUGGAGACGUUCUGGCUGACGGAGAUACCGCCGCGCUACACGCCCGAUCCCGUCGAUCCGAACGUGAUCAUCGCGAUUCAUCAUACGCCGACGUCGGUGAACACGUUGCCGUCGACGUGUGCGCCAUCGGCGACGCCGACACCGUUGCGCGGUGUGAAUCCAUCGAGGAAACGCGGCCGGCCGCCGGGAUCGCGCAACAAAAAGGAUGGGGUGGUGCCGACGGCGAGCGCGGUGGCCGCUGUCGGCGUAGCGAUCGCCGCCAAUGGCAACGAUGAGGCGACGACGACGACGACGACAACGGCGAGGAAGAAGCGAGGAAGGCCAAAAGGCAGCACGAACAAGCAGAAUUCGAUGGAUGGAAGCCGUCAGACGACGCCCGAAGUGGUGGAUGGUCCGUCGACGUCGGCGCGGCCAUCGCCGCCGCCGCCGCUGCCGCCAGCACCAUCGGCGACUCAACGAGGCGAAUCGCCGUCGAGAUUGUGGAGUGCCGAGAAGCGCGACGAGAUGAGACGCGAAGCGGAAGCGAUCAAAGAGAAAUACAAGUUGAAAAUCAUUGCGAGAUCCAAAGAAAUGUGUCAAGCCGAUUGGUUCAACACACGUGAUCAGUUUUUUCGCGCCGGCACGAUUGCCGAUUUCGAGUACGUGCGCGAGCGUGUCGACGAGGCGCGUCGUCACGCCGAAUUUCCGCUCGAGACGCGCUAUCUCGUGCCCAACUAUGAGAUAUCGGCGAUUGUGCGAGUUCGAAGUGGCGGCGGCGGCGCCGCGCGACGAACGAAAUUUGCGAUUCAGCGAGGAAUCACCAAAAUCGGAUUCUCGCGAGAAUGUCAUAUUUUGGCGGAUCGAUAUACUACACACCAUUGUCCAGCAAUUCAGGAUCAUCAUUGCGACUUAAUAUUUGAUAAGAUCGAACACCGCUUUUAUUUGUCGGUCGUCGCUUCGGCGAGAGCAAUCGUCGAUAAUGUGGUGAUUUGUCGAAAAAUGGGAGCUCUUGAGAAGGAUUGGCGCGCAAAAAUGCAAGCUAACGAUGAAGCCGAGCCGCGUGUGCGCUGCGAGUGCGAAGUCGACCUAAGAGCGUCGAGUUUCGAGCAGAAGUGCGCCGGUGUUCGCGUCGAGACCGGCAGCGUCGAAUUGCGAAGCGGCGCGGUGUUCAAAAUCGGUUGCGCCGAAUUCGAGUUGGUCUUCCCCAAAUUGCGGUGA